AUGGACAAGAAGCGCAAGCGCACCACCGAGCCAGGCGAACAGACGAGGCAGAUCCGUCAUCAAAGUAGCGUCCCCAACUCUACCCCAGACAACUCGGAGAACUGGGCCGAAGAUUUCUACCAUCUCUUGGACCUCUCUUCUCUCUCAAACCACGAGGACAUAUCCGACCGUUUCGAAGCUAUCGCUCAAGCCCUUCUCCAUGACUUUUACUUCUGUUUCGUCGCGGAUGGAACUGAGAAUAAGUUUGAACUCCUCGAGGCCGAGUUUUACCUGAAAUCGCCGGAACACGAUGAUCCGUUCACGCACGGCAGUGAUGAGCAGAAAGGAGCGGGCCGGUGGUACUUCCAUCGUACACCUCGCAAAGCUGGCGCCGUUUCGAGUGCCCCCAUCAUCCCAACGGCCGCAGGCGGGUACAGGGGUGGCACGCGUAAAGGCCUUGACCUCACCAUCGGAAGGCCACUACCACCUUCUGUCAAGUCGUCUCGGUACUUCACGCAGCAAAAUCCCUCACCUGCCAAAGACCUUAGUUCUGGGUCCACUUCCAGCGCCUUGUCCUCCCUAUCAGAAAUGACCGGAGGCGUGCUCCUGCGCUCUAUCCGUCGCCUCUCAGACGGCAAUGUCUCGUCAGGCCCUUCUCUUCUCGUUGACCAGCUCCUUCGUCUUGGAAAUGCGAGCAACGUCCAGGACCUUGUCUCGAACAAGUGGGGCGGCGACAUCUCUGUGACCGUUCUCGCGCACGAUGCACCGGCACCCGCGCGAACCUGCCUAUUUCUUCGCAAGAGACCGCCCCCGGGGACUCCAUCCUGCUCUACCCCGCCAACCAUCUACGCUUCCCCGAGAAUCGGCCUCGAUCUCACAAACCCUGCGGCCCAAGCCACUCCUGACAGUCCGCGCGUCGCCUUCGUCAGCAGACCGUACCGCUUCUUUAUCCACCCAGAGAAGCUCACCGCCUACGGGCGUAUGCAGACGUUCAUUGGAACCUGCGCUUUUUUGGCUGGCGGAGAGACCAGAUCCGAAAAUGCGUACGGCAAGGAACUGUCUGCAAUUUCCCCUAAGGCGCUCGAGGGCGCCUGCACGUUGAUGGCGCUCAAACUUCCCUCAGGCCAGGGGUAUAUCGAGGCUUUCCGCGAGGGCUACGAGACUAUGUCCCUAAAGACGUUCGUAGGUGCGGCUGGGAAGAACGCGCUCAGAAGUACUGGCUAUCUUGCCAUGGUUGGAGCUGUUCAACGUUCUCUCGAGGCGAAAGGAGAAACCUGA